AUGGAGGAACUGAAAAAACUGAACAAUGAUGCAUAUGAAUGGACUAAAGCCAUUCCACCCCAACAUUGGUCCAGGUCUCACUUCACAGCUACCAAGACUCUAGAGAAGAUCAAAGUUGAAGGUGCAGAGUAUAGGGUUGCAUUUUGUGGAAAUGCGAAGUAUCACGUUACAGGUGGUGAAGGUGCUUGUCCAACAAAGUUACUACCACCAAAACAUCAUGUGCCUAUUGGUAGGCCAAAAAAGAAAAGAAGAAGAUCUGCUACUGAAGAUGAUAGUGCUAGAGGGACCAGAACAAGUAGAAGUUCAAAGUGUGGAAAUGUUAGGCAUAAUGGUAGGAGCUACAAGGGGCAGGUGGUAGGAGGAUCACAGGUCAAUGGUAGUAAUGUAAAACUGAAUGUUGGUGUGUGA